AUGGAUGACAUAUCCACCUUUGGGGAUACCAUCGCGAACGGUACUACCCUGAAAGACGUCAAAUCAGCAGACUUCGUCGUCUACGACAAAGAGCGUGGCCUUGAAAUUCUCGGCCCCAACCCAAGCUAUGAGUACAUGUUUCAUGUCUCGGACGCCGUCCACGAAGCCCCCGUAUACGUCAAAUCCCAGAACAAGCUUUGGCUCUCGCAGCUCGCCCCUCCCCCAGGCUACCUGCCGCAGCUCGUCGUGGAUCUGAACCAGGAUCCUCCCACUCUCUCAGAGUACCUCUCUGACCCGCCAGUCUACGCUCCCAACGGCGGCACCUUCUACAACGGCAAGAUCAUCUGGGGUGCCUCUGGCGGGAACCGUUCAAUUGGCGGCGGCGAACAGCGCGUCGGGCUGAGGACCCUGGACCCGGAGACCAACAAGUCGACCAGCCUCGUCAACAACUAUUUUGGCUACUACUUCAACACCAUCGACGAUCUCGCUGUUCACCCCAAAACUGGCGAUAUCUGGUUCACCGAUCCUCAGUAUUCGUGGUUCAACGCGCUCACUGACACGCCGCCCCAACUCCCCUGCGCAAGCUACCGGUACAACCAGACCUCCGGCGCCGUGUUCGUGGUGGACGAUACCCUGGGCCAGCCCAAUGGCAUCGCGUUCAACCCCGAGGGCACAAUCGUGUACAUCAGCGACACCGGCGCCGUCAGCGCGCCGAUCAACCCGGCCGAAGGCCAGCCGGGUAGUUCCUUCAAUGCUACAACGACAAGGUAUGCACCCAACCGAAUGCGGGACCCUGCAUAA